GCGUUGUAACCGCAAGCACAGGCCGAAGCAGUGCCCAGCAUUUGGAAAGAAAUGCUAUGUGUGCCAAGGUGUCAAUCACUUUUCUAUGUGCUGUAGGAAGUCGACAGAAGUGAGUGAAGUCAACAAACUUCAAGAGAGCGAUUUUGAUGUCCUAGAUGUCUGCAGUAAAGGUGGAAAAACCAAUGAGUGGACUGUAAAUGCUCAAGUUAAUGGUCAGGGAAUUUCCUUCAAGAUAGACACGGGAUCACAAGCCAGCCUUUUGCCGUUUUCAGUCUAUCGGAAACUACCAUCAAAUGAACUACAGCCGACAAGCACAGUGCUGCGGGCGUAUAACGGCGGUGUCAUAACGUGCUUUGGGACAGUGUCGAAAAUUGUGCGUGUUGGAAAUGCACACACUCCGGUGAAAUUUUUCAUUGUAAAAAAUGGUCGCCAGCCCAUACUGGGACUAGAAGCCAGUGAGUCCUUGGGACUGGUGCACCGUACUGUGGAUGCUGUGAACGCGGCUUCUGUAUAUGGUCCUCUGAACGAUUUCAGACAUGUCUUCGAGGGACUUGGUUGCCUGAAGCAGCCCUAUCACAUGGUCCUGAAACCUGGAGCAGUACCGGUUGUCCAGCCAGCUCGUCGUGUUCCUUUGGCCCUGGAGGAGCCUCUCAAAGAUGAACUCGAAAGAAUGGCGCGGGCUGAAAUCAUCGUGAAAGAACAGGAGCCUACUGACUGGGAGUCCGGGGACGACUUCUGGCAAGGACUACUGGCUUAUCGCUCAGCUCCACUUGAGGACGGGCGAUCUCCUGGUGAACUGUUGCAAGGGAGGCGCCUUCGAGCCAAUCUUCCCGACUUCCAUGAAGUACCCUGCACAGAGGUGAAAAAGCACUGCCAGCACGCACAAGGCAAACCAUUGCCGAAGCUUUCUCGAGGGGACGUAGUACGGCUGCGAGGAACGAGAACGUGGUCCCGGAAAGCGAGGGUAAGAGGCACACAAGCUCCAAGGUCCUACCAGCUGGUAACCGAAGAUGGGCAAGUUCUGCGGCGCAACCGCAAACACCUCAUACGAACGGAUGAGCCGUAUGAUGAGACAAGCAGCGAAGACGGGGACGACACAACCGAAACGAGCACGCCUGUCGACAACCCUCAGGUACCUGCAAUGCGUUCUUCGGCCGGAUCAACAUCGCAGGCUUCGGAAUCGUCCCGAACGACUGAUGGGGCACAACAGUGCCCAGCCAACACAGAAGGAAGGCCAACACCGGAUUCGGUGCUGACCCCAGCUCCGAGAAGAUCGUCCCGGAACACUAGACCGCCGCAACGCCUUCGCUAUGACGAGGCAUUUAAUCAAAUUGCUUAACUAAUGUCAAGAGUCUGUUUUGUUUGUUUACAUGGAAGGAUGUAUCAGGCGCGUGCAUGACUGUGCGCCUGUUCCUGACAUGCGCGCUACGGUCGGCCCAUUAUCACUCGGUCGGCUAUAAAAGCAACACUUCCCAAUAAACCUGUG